UUAAUAUAUUCCUUUCUCCCCUUUUUCAUUUCUCCCAUCAACACGCAUUCUGCAUUUGCUCCCAACAUAGAACAGGGUGCGGUAGGACCAACACGCGCCACUCUGUGGAAGAGAAGAGGCGGGGAUUAGAGGGGAUGAUGCAUCGACUGCUAACGUCAUAGGCGCCAGCGUCGAUCCACGGUGAAAAGUCUGAGUCUGGCAGAAAGGUGGUGAAGUGGGGUCAAUGCAAGUCGGAGAGUAAGCAGUGACAGUCGACGGUUGUUUGCCGAUCCGAGCGGAUUAGCGUUAUACUUGUGUUGAUUCUAAAGUGUUCUGGUUCGGUGCGUCUCUUCCACUUCCUUUUUCCUGUUACUUACUUUCGAAAGAAUAGCAGCUGUCACAACAGCAAACAACAACGUCGCAGAAAUGGGCGAGAAGACUGAACACAUCGUAAUGACGCCGAAAUGCAAGACUGCAAAUUCGACAACGUUAAUAAUAGAAAGACAGGCCCUGGAGCCUCCAGCGAAGAACGGCAAUGAAAACAAUGUUCACAUUGCUGGUGGUGAUCACAAGGGAAUUGUCAUCAAUAAACAAGCUAUAGCUGUAACAAAUGGAGAGAUACGUCCUGCCCAACUCUGCUUGCAAUUCAGGGUAUUCCUGGUCAGUGCACAAACCGGGAAGCACACUCAAGAACAGAGAACGCUUCAGUUCUGGUUUACGGAUACACUUUCUGAAGCGGAACAGCCAAGUGUUGCACAAGAGUUUUUUAGGGAGCUAGUUUCUCCACAGGAGUUUCCUAGAGAUUAUGUGGGAUUUAUAAAAAAGAUAAUGAAGUUGAUGCAACAUAAAUAUCCUAGUAUUAAAAAACUAGAGAUAGAGUUAAGGCAACUAGAAGAACCUAUUACACUUCCAAGUAGACCAUCUACUGGUCACUUACUAUUCACACUUCCUUCUUCUGAAAAAUUAAUGGGGACCUCAGUAUCCGCAGAUGAAACCAUCUUGGGUCAAGUGAUCGAGCUGACAGUGGAAAAAGUUUUGGAGCUCAUUGAGUCUGCUUAUCCAAAUCCGGUCACUGUGGUUGACAUAGCAAAGGAACACGGGUGGGAACCUGCAGAUGUGGAGGCUAAGUUGACAGAACUUCAAGAGAAAGGACUCGUGAAGGCAAUGGAUCAUGGUGCUUUCACGCGUGUCGUUCAUGAAGACACUCAAGUCAAAGUAGUGAAGCAAAUGCCGACAAUGGCAAGCGCGAAACAACCCACUAUAGCUAUCAUUACAGCUCAGUAUUGCGAGAAGCUUGCUGUGGAUUCACUGGUUGAGAAUAAGGAAACCUUCGUUCGUUACACUACUGUUGGUUCCGCAAGCUCACCAAACACGACAGACGGAAUUCCGCGAGUGAUAUGCCGUUUUGGGGAAUCAAACGUAUAUACUUUGGGCAAUAUCGGUACGCACAGAAUUGUGUGCACUAAAUUGCCAACUGUAGGCCACACCAGAGAAGCGAUGACCGCAGCAGGCAAUACCACUACUAGAUUGUUAGGUACUUUCCAAAAAGUGGAUUUUGUCUUUCUUGUCGGAGUUGGUGGUGGUGUUCCUCACUAUACAGAUUACAAUAAACACGUGCGACUAGGCGACGUUGUGAUAUCGCAUCCAACGCCUCUCAACAAGAAGUACGCGUACGUCUAUUGCGAAAACGCCAAGAUGAACGAAAGCGGAGACUAUCAUUUUGAGACCAAAGAAUAUUGCCCGCCAAAUCUUAUUCUUCAAGAAAUCGCGGCGACUUUGAUAAAACAGGCUGAAAACGAAACACUUCCGCCGUGGCAGACGCACAUGAAGGAAGGUUUAGAGAAUCUGAUUAAUCAGUCGGAACACGACUUCAACCCACCACCACUGGAAUCCGAUAAACUCUACAUGGCUAUUGGAGAGAGGGACGUCAUCGAAGUAGCACAUCCAACCGCACCUCAGGAUUCGGCAAAUAAAAGAAAUGACAGAUGCUCUCGCGUGCACUUGGCACCUGUGGCGUCCGGCCGGCAGAUCGCAAGGGACGAUCAACUCAGACAAAAAUUCGCGAGUCGAUUCGGAGCACUUGCAUUUGACGCGGAAAUGGACGCCGUGGUCGAGAGUAUUUUAGGUAAUUGCCGCGAGAACUUCGCUGUAAUUCGCGGUAUAGCCGAUUACAAAGACGGCACUCGAAUCAAAGAGUGGCAACCUUAUGCGGCGUUGGCGGCAGCCAGCGUGAUGAAAGCUAUCAUUUGUGCUAUGGAUCCACCGACCAAUGACUAAUGCUCUUUUUUGAGCUUUGUUGACUGCAAUAGUAGGUACAAUAAAAAAACACGUAUAAUUUAUCAUAGGACAGAUAGGAUAUAAAAUCAAAAACAACUAUUAUGCAUAAUAUUGCACUAAAUACAUGAAAAUGACAUGAGUAGUUUAAUUUUGACAGGUUCCUGACUCAUAUAAAAAAAAAAAAAAAA